AUGUCUAACGAGCAGGACCAGAAGAACACCGGCAGCAAGCUGAAGUUUGUAAAAGAGGGCAAUGCGGACCUGGAGACACAGCAGCUACUCGAAAAACGAGAACGUGCAAGACUGGACACUGACUACAAGACAAAGGAGCGUUUGACCCUACAGGACCAAUUACGGCUGAAUGCAAUUCUGAAACAGGAGGAAUUCACGGCACUGGUCAAGGACCGCAACAGCUUCAAUCGCCUCAGUGUAGAAGACAAGCAGUUUUACCAAGACUUGCAAGCGCGGGCCAGGCAGUCAGACCAGGACAUGGAAGAGUACCUUGCCCGUCAAACACGCGAUUUCGAACGCAAAAAAUCGCAGGUACUAGGAGAAGCUCCCACGAAUCCUGAAGUUUCGCCGUCACCGUCCACCGACUCCACUUCCAAUAUAAAAGUUCCAGCGAAAAUUGUCAAGCCUAAACCGAGAGCGAAGUCAGGCCUCAAGGGUAUCGUUACUAAGAAAAAAAGUGCAAAGGAGCUUCCAAGCCAUCACCUGAAGCUUCUUAGAUGUUAUCUUUCGUUCUCCUAUUCUUGA